CGCGGGGCCUGCCCCUCUCAGCGAGGCCCCGCCUCCUUUGGACCCACGCCUUUUCCGCCUCCCCGGUGCCAGGCCCCCCACCGCCCCUUCCAGCCCAGCUCUCUCCAGGCCCCGCCUCUGGCCCACCCCGCGGCGACUCGUGGGAGCGCCCCGCGGGCGCUGCGGUGGAGGACGCGGUGCUCGGUCAUGGGGUUCCAGCCGAGCCCAGGCCUGCUGGCCUCUCUCGGGGCGGGGCUGCUGACUCUACUCGGCCUGGCUCUGGGCUCCUACUUGGUUCGGAGGUCCCGCCGCCCCCGGGUCACUCUCCUGGACCCCAAUGAGAAGUACCUGCUGCGACUGCUAGAUAAGACGACUGUGAGCCACAACACCAAGAGGUUCCGAUUUGCCCUGCCCACCGCCCAGCACACUCUGGGGCUGCCUGUGGGCAAACAUGUCUACCUCUCAGCCCGAAUCGAUGGCAGCCUGGUCAUCAGGCCGUACACUCCUGUCACCAGUGACGAAGACCAAGGCUAUGUGGAUCUUGUCAUUAAGGUCUACCUGAAAGGUGUGCACCCCAAAUUUCCUGAGGGAGGGAAGAUGUCUCAGUACCUGGACAGCCUGGAGAUUGGGGAUGUGGUGGAAUUUCGAGGGCCAAGUGGGUUGCUCACUUACACGGGGAAAGGGAAUUUUAGCAUUCAGCCCAACAAAAAGUCUCCACCAGAGCCCCGCGUGGCGAAGAGACUGGGCAUGAUCGCCGGCGGGACAGGAAUCACCCCGAUGCUUCAGCUGAUCCGGGCCAUCCUGAAAGACCCCACAGAUCCAACCCAGUGCUCUUUGCUUUUUGCCAACCAGACUGAAAAGGACAUCAUCUUACGGGAGGACUUGGAGGAGCUGCAGGCCCAAUAUCCCAGUCGCUUUAAACUCUGGUUCACUCUGGAUCAUCCCCCAGCAGGUUGGGCCUACAGCCAGGGCUUUGUGACUGCGGACAUGAUCCGGGAGCACCUGCCUUCCCCGGGGGACGAUGUGCUGCUGCUCCUCUGUGGGCCUCCCCCGAUGGUGCAGCUGGCCUGCCACCCCAACCUGGACAAACUGGGCUACUCUCAAAAGAUGCGCUUCACCUACUGACCGUCCCCUGGCUUCCCUGGUCCCGUUCCCGGCAAUGUUCCUGGUCAGUGCUCGGAUGCUGUAAGUCCUAGAUCUCUUUCCUGGAAGGAUAAGCCUUUUGUCUUUCUCUGAAGCUGAAAUCGGAUGGUGCCUACAGGAACAGCAUCCUUGUAGCCCUGGAAGAGAGCUAAGGCUGAGUCGUUCCCUGGAAGGCCCCCCAAACCUCCCUGUGAGAAAAGGUCCAGGUCAGGCCGUGGAGCAGUGUCUUCCAUGGGUCAGGAAGAAGGAAGCAUGUACGUUCGUUCCAAGCCUGGCUGAUCCCUGGGUAGCAUCACACUCUUCUUUGUCUGUGUUGAAGGGAACAACCUAUGUAAUGGGUGUUACUUACUGCUUGGUGCUUAACUCGUAGCAGAUUCGGUGUGAGUGCAAGUUGAGCAGACUUCUAGAGCGAGUCUUACAGAGGUUGCAGGAAAGAAGCAAGUGUUUCUUCAGACCUGCAGGCCUCAGAGAGAGGGAUCUCAAGUAUGUACUUGCAUGUCUGUCUCUUUCUGCCCAGCCCAGGCUAGAGGGAAGUGGCUAUCCACAGUCUGAGACCGCUGCUUGUGGCAGGAACCCCUGGCUAUGCGAAUAAAUGGACUAAGGCCCCAGUGGUAUACCUAUAGGGCUGUUGUGUCUGGGGGUCUGGACUCCAAGGCUUUUCACACCUGAGAAUUUGGGGAGGAAGGGCUUCCCAGCACAGAAUUCUCCCAGGUCUUCCCAGAACCCUUGAGCAGCUGUCCUGUGUGCUAACAUGUGAGCUGUCUCAGCAGAAGCAGACGCUUAGCUUCUCCCUGGAGGCUUUUCAGGUGGGGGACAGAGUACAGCUUAGAGGGGAUGCAUUCUGAGCCCAGGUGCAGUGUCCUUUUGUUGGUCAUAUUUCCUGCUCCCUCCUCUUGACCCUUCCUUCACCGUAUUCAUCCUUCAGGGUACCUGGCAAACAAAUGAAAGCAUUGUCUUUCUGUUUGGAAGAGAAGCCUUCUCCUACAAAAGUAACCUAAGCCCAGCCGGUGUGGCUCAGUGGUUGAGUGUUCACCUGUGAACCAGGAGGUCACAGUUCGAUUCCUGGUCAGGGCACAUGCCCGGGUUGGGGUAUCAAUCCCCAGUUAGGGGACCUGUAGGAGGCAGCCGAUCAGUGAUUCUUUCUGGUCAUGGUUUCUAUUUCUUUCUCCCUCUCCCUUCCUUUCUAAAAUCAAUAAAAAUACAUUUUAAAAAAACAAUAACCUGA